CGCUAUUAAAAUAUCGAUAGCACUGAUUGCAUCUCUAGCGAUAAAUAGCUGUCGAGUUUAUUUGGGGAACGCUUACAAACAUGCUUGGAAGUGACAUUUCUGACUUCAGUAUCAGCGGCACACAAAUGCAGCCUCCGCCACCACCGCCAGCCACCGCAGAGCCCUUUCGCAUAACAACAAAUUCACCGCAAAUGCUCGAUGCAAACUUAACGCCAGGACGGCGAAAGCUUCAGAAGUGGUUGGGUCGUGUCCUGCGCAUCGUUAUAACCGAUGGACGUGUGCUGGUUGGCUUCUUCAACUGCACGGAUCGCGAUGCUAACAUUGUGCUGUCCAUGUGCGCAGAGUAUUUGGUGGAGGGUCAAGAACCUCGGCUGCUGGGAAACGUUAUGGUGGCCAAGAAGCAUAUCGUCUCACUAAACAUAGACGAGCCCCGUACCUCGACAAUUCUGUAAACAAUAUGUGCGUGUAUAUAUAAUAUAAGCAUGUAAUAUCUCCCAUACAUACUACACAUGUAUUUACAGAGAACCUAAAAAGUAAAUCUUCAUUGUAGUUUCUUUGUUAAACACCUAUACAUAAGUUGUAGAUAAAUAGGUUUAAGAAGAAAACCAAAACCAACUAGGAUGUAUACUUA